AUGACGGGCGAGGCAUGGUUAUUUAUUCUGGCAGUUAUCGUGAAUGCGAUCAACUUGUUCCUACAGGUCUUUUUCACCAUCAUGUACAGUGACCUGGAGUGCGAUUACAUCAAUCCAAUUGAGCUGUGCAACAAGCUGAACAACUACAUUGUUCCUGAGGCAGCUGUGCACGCUGUCUUGACUGCUCUGUUCCUGGUCAACGGCUACUGGUUCACUUUCCUGCUGAACCUGCCAAUCCUGGCCUACAACGCUAAUAAGAUCUACAACAAGAACCACCUUCUGGACGCCACAGAGAUUUUCCGCACUCUGUCCAAACACAAGAAGGAGUCGUUUGUCAAGCUUGGUUUCCACCUGCUUAUGUUCUUCUACUACCUCUACCGGAUGAUUGCCGCGCUUAUUGCUGACGAUAUGUAA